UGACGUCACGUGUAUAUGAGCGCAGGCGGCGGGCUCUCGCUCCUCUUUUACCGCCAUCCGAGCGGAGUGUUUUUUUUUCCCCCCCUCUUCUUCCCACCUAGCGGACCGUCCGACUCCCUGCACCAGCACACGUCGCCGGACACGGAGCUACGCAUCACUCGAGACUGAGCUGAGAUGGCAGACAUUGACAACAAAGACCAAGCAGAGAUGGACCCGGCAGAUAUGGAAGACGUGGAGGAAGUGGAAGAGGAGGAGACGGUAGAAAAUUCAAAAAGCAAAGCUCGUCAGCUGACGGAGCAGCUUAUGCAGAAUCCACAGAUACUUGCCGCGCUGCAGGAGGGGCUUGACGGCCUCAACGGUUCACCAUCAGGGUACAUCGAGAGUUUACCAAAGGUUGUGAAGCGACGCAUCAACGCCCUCAAGAACCUGCAGGUGAAGUGCGCCCACAUCGAGGCCACGUUCUACGAGGAGGUCCACGAGCUGGAGAGAAAGUACGCCGCCCUUUACCAGCCGCUCUUCGACAAAAGAAGCGACAUCGUCAAAGCAGCGUAUGAGCCCACAGACGAGGAGUGCGAGUGGAAAGCAGAUGAGGAGGAAGAGCUGACAGUAAGUAAGCAGGAUGAGAUGAAAGAGAAGGCGAAGCUCGAGGAGGAGAAGAAGGAUGAGGAGAAGGAGGACCCCAAAGGCAUCCCCGAGUUCUGGUUAACCGUAUUCAAAAACGUGGACUUGCUCAGCGACAUGCUGCAGGAACACGACGAGCCCAUCCUCAAACAUUUACAAGACAUCAAAGUGAAAUUCUCAGACCCUGGCCAACCCAUGAGCUUUGGGUUAGAGUUCCACUUCGAGCCCAACGACUUCUUCACAAACGCAGUGUUGACGAAAACCUACAAAAUGAGAUCGGAGCCUGACGAGAACGACCCUUUCUCCUUUGAUGGACCCGAAAUCAUGUCGUGCACAGGUUCCACGAUCGAGUGGACGAAGGGCAAGAACGUCACGUUGAAAACCAUCAAGAAGAAGCAGAAGCACAAGGGCCGCGGCACAGUCAGGACGGUCACCAAAACAGUCCCCAACGACUCCUUUUUCAAUUUCUUCACCCCACCAGAGGUCCCUGAAAGCGGAGAGUUGGAUGAGGACUCCGAGGCGGUCCUGGCGGCCGACUUCGAGAUUGGCCACUUCAUCCGUGAGCGCAUCGUUCCCCGGGCCGUGUUGUACUUCACGGGAGAAGCUAUAGAGGACGAUGAUGACGACUAUGAUGAAGAGGGGGAGGAGGCUGAUGACGAGGAAGGCGAGGAAGAGGCCGACGAGGAAAACGACCCAGACUACGAUCCCAAGGUUUAAGUGGUGACAGUAGAAAAAUAACCCUGUCCCGAAGGACACGGCCUCCCCAGCUGAGUGCAAGCCUCAGUGAAGCGUGGCCUUGCUGCCGCCAGGAUCCAACUGCACUGUUAACAUCUUCAUUAAAAAAACAAACAAAAAGAAAACAGGGGAAACGUAUAUAUAUAUAUAAAUAUAUAUUACAAAAAACAAAAAGAACUAGUGACUUACCGCCUUAUAAUGUUUUUGUAUUUUUCUUGGUAGACAAUUUGAAGGUUUCAAGGUUUUCGUUACAAAAAAAAAAUCUUAAUAAAAACACGGUAAUAAUACUUUGAACCGUGUGGCUCGUUAUAUAGUAUUUUACUAGACCUGUUUUUGUUUUUUGUUUUUCCCCCCUUCUCUGUACAAUAGACAGGACAAAAACAAAGUUUAAAAAAAAAAAAAAAAAAAAAAAAGCAUGAUCUUCACCGCUAAACUAGUUCUUGUGGAGUCUUUUUGUGGCAUUUGCUCUCGGACAACAGCUGUGAAUGAGACCGGAUCAAACCCACCCACCCCCUUUGUAUAGCGCUUUAGCUGUACAGUUCUUCUUACUCCUGUACCAAAACAUUCCAGUAAACAACGUGAUGGUGAGUACAUUGGUGAAACCCUCAAGGAAUUGAACAAAAACUACAAGGGUCCAUCAUUUUGUGCUUCAGACUCCCGUUUGGUGACAUCCCCUCCCCACGCCCUGCAGCACUUAGCGGUCGUACUGGCCAUCUCGUUUUGACUCAGUAGCAUCCACCGUCUCGUUUACCUUCUGUAUCUCCAGUUACUGACUACGGAACACAUUACCACUGUGAAUGAAAACGACGGAACGUGUGACAAGGCCCCCGCCCCCGAUGUGGCCAAUGACCCCCCCACCCUCCUCUCUACCCUUAACAUCCUCGCCACAUUUUUGAUGUACCACCGAUAAGGCCACAGGAGCAAUAUUACAGACCAGAAGGGUGACUUUUGAAGUUGCUGAAAUGGCAGUUUUUUUUGCCUGUCGUGCAGCUGUUGUCGAGGCAAAUCACUAUGCUACAAAAAAUAAAAUACUAAUGUACUACUCAAUUACUGUAUGUGUAUGUUCAUGAAUAAAUUGGUUAAACAUGUCCAAGUUGA